CGGCAACAAUUUAAGCGGCGUCUGCUUGGCCCCCAGCAAGACGUGCCAUUGUUUUUCGUGUUGUUGUUUAUGGUGUAUAUGCUGUAUGACUUUUCUUGAAUUAUUUAUUUCAGAAGUUUCAUCCGUGUUAGUUCGUCUUUUAUGAUGAUAAGCCACUCCACAAGAAUGACGGAUGACGAUGAAUCUUUUGGCAAUGAAGAGGAACUUGACGGAGGACGGGAAAGCCCAGUGGCAGGUCAACUGCACUUCCCCUCGGUUCCGUCUUCAGGCCUGAAAGAAUGGACCUACGACAUGCGCCGCAGUAUGCAAGAAAUUGUACCUGGCCUGUUCCUUGGUCCCUAUUCGUCGGCCAAGCCUGCCAAGCCUGAUUAUUUGUUGUCAAAUGGAAUUACACACAUAAUUUGUGUUCGUUGUACUAUGGAAGCCAAAAUAGUUCGACCUAGAUUUCCUGACAGAUUCAGUUACCUUGUUCUGGACAUCGCCGAUUGUCCCACUGAGAAUAUUAUUCAACAUUUUCGGGCAGUGCGGGAUUUUAUCAAUGAAUCUCAUGAGAGAGGUGGUAAAACAUUGAUACAUGGAAAUGCUGGAAUUUCUCGUAGUGCUGCUCUUACAAUUGCGUUUGUCAUGGAGAAAUAUGGACUUACCUACAAGAAAGCAUAUGACUUAUUGCAAACAAAACGGUUCUGUGUUAACCCCAAUGAGGGAUUUGCUCAACAGUUGAUGGCUUUUGAAUCAAUCUAUCUUGCGAAUCUGACAUGUUUGGGUUCAAACUCAGAUCGCAGUCUGAAGCGAAAUUUUGAAGAUAUUGACAGAAGUAUGGAAAGGAUGGAUACAGAUUCGUAAAGUAGUCGGACAUUUAACAGAAUGUAGGCUUGAUUCACCAUAUUUGUUUUUGACAAGAGUGAUGCUGCGAAAAAUCUUUAUAGAUCUUUUAUGAUUCACUUUUCUUUUUUUACAAUGAUGUAUUUAUUCAUGGUCUGUCACAGUUCAUGUUAAAGAAAGUAGGGAGGAAUUGUCACUUGUUGCCUUUUUUAUUAGUAAGAUUUCCAUUAACUGUGAUAUUGUUAUUACAGUUUUUGAUGUUUUAUGUGGUGUAUUUAGGUAGAUCAGACUAAGGCUCAUUGAUUAGUUUUGGUACUUACACCCAAGUACUUAUUUGUUAAGCAACCUGAGAAACCUAUUCUCCAUUUGGGUACUUUGAUGUAGGUUUAAGGACUUCUUACAAGACUGAAAAACCAAUGGGAACACAGGGCACGAAUCUGAAACAUUUUUGUAAGCUGUUUCCCUUUCUUACUAUUUAAAAGAUGUAGGAGAUAAAUUAUGUUUUGGUUUCCUUUUUAUUAUUUGGCCUUAUGCAAAAUAAACACCAUACAAAAGUUAUGUUAAAUUAAUGGUUUGGUUAUAAACGCUCAGUUUUUAGAAUCUCUGUUCAUUUGACAGUGAUAUUAAUCUCCCAAAGUUUAGCUAAGCAAAGUUAUUGAUUCAUAAGUGAGCAUUGAAAUGUGCUGUGAAAUUGAUACCAAAUUGUGCUUGUACCUUUGACCACUAGAGGUCCAAGUUGAUUGUUUUGAAUAAUUUAGUUUGUAGCAAUUGUUGAUUCUUCACACUGACACGAGGUAUCUUUUUGACCAUUUAUUCUUCACAAGCUGAUGUUUGUUUCAAAUAUCUUAUUGCAUUGAGUGGGUUUGCAGUCUUAAAAAUCUAAUGUCAUAUGCAGUGUGUUAUUAACACAUGACGCAAGUGUCUUUUUGUGUUACACAUUUCUUUGGCACUAUCCAGUACUAUCCUAAACGUUUUUCUAGUGGUUUUAAUUUGUUUUGUUCUGGAGUGCUGUAGUUAUCUCUACACCAAAAUAGUGCAAAUUGUGCUUAGGUAUUCACUUUGUGAUGACAACUGUGAAAUUGUCAAAGUUACUUUAUGUUAACAAGGAUGUCAAUUAUAAGUCAAAGUAGUUUUAA